AUGAUUACAACCUCAGUUAAAACAAAUGAGAUACUCCACGUCGGAGAUGAUCUGGUGUCUAAAAAUGGGCUGUGGAAGGCUACUUUGAAGGUAAGUAAAUCAGGACUUUGCAGGUUUCUAUUUUGGUGAUGGAAAUGCACAUUUUACUGACUGAUGGUUGUCUCUAAUCUUGUGUGCAGAGCGACGGUAAUUUUGUGAUUUCCGGCUGGAAGGAGACGUGGGAAGCAAAAACUUGUGGAUCAGAUGGCUACCGUCUGGCUGUGCAGACUGACGGAAACGUGGUCUUAUACGACAAAUGUAAUACACCCAAGUGGAGCACAAACACAUAUGUUAAUGGUGCUAAUUAUAAGUGCCGUUUUGAGCUGACCGACGAAGGCAACCUGGUGUUGUUCAAAGAUGAUGUUUUAAGCUGGAGCUCUGCUGACUCUUGA